AUGAAUAUAAAUAGAAAGACCGGGGAGCACCUGAUUUAUGCGGUGAAGAUGAAGAGGUGCCGAAGAGAAGCAAAAGAUGAGGAAAAGAGGAGCCCAAAAUCUAUGAAGCAGUGUUCAACUGAAUCCACCAGUCCUUUAUCAUGGUCAGAUCUUGAUCCCAAUUUGGUGGGGGAAAUAAAAAAGAAGCUUUAUAAUUGGGCCGAUUAUAUUCGAUUCAGCAGUGUUUGCAAGAGCUGGCAAGCUGCUGAGCACGAAACAAGAGCCGCUGAUGUUUUGCCGUGGUUAAUGGUGGUGGAUCGCCCGGAUAUUAGUAAGAUCAAUUGUUAUCUCUUUGAGCCUUCAGCCCCUCAUUUAAGACCUGUUGUUUCCCACACUAUUGAGCUUGAUCAAUUUUUCGACAUUUCGAGUCUCGAUAUUCGGUUUAGUAUUAUCUAUGUAGAUGGGUGUUUGUUUAUGUCUAUGUUCAACAAACAAGCUACUUGCUCUUCAUUCGUAUGCUUGUCGCUUCCGUCGAAAAAGGUCUGCGCAAUCCCUCGGCUUCACCAUCCUCAGGUUUACAGGGCCUCUGGUUGUCAGAUGUUCAGAGGUGUUUCCACCAGCCCUGCUUGUGCUGAUUGUGUUUUUAUAGCUUUGCAUAUAACGGAUGAUUAUAAACGCUCUGUUAGUAUUUUUCGACAUGGUGAUACAGACUGGACGACGACUGAAUUUGUUGGAGGUUGGUUUGGUGUUCCGUGUGCUGAGGAUGUUGUCUUUAUAAAUGGGGUUUUCUAUUUCCUGUUGUGGGGUGGACGGCUUGGAUCCUAUGACACGGCGACUGGGGAGCUAGAGUGCCAUCAUUUAGAAUGUGAAAUUGAGUUACGGUCUCAUAAAUUCUUUGGGUUAGACGGGGAGCUCAUGGUCAAGUUUUGGGAUAUAAACACGCGUACAACUUGCAUUAGAAGGUUUGAUUGGUCUCACCAUGUUUGGGCUCCUCUUCAAAAUUUGGGAAACCAAUCUUUGUUUCUCAGCAGACGCUCUGUUUAUGCUGAUAAACUAAAUUAUUAUGGAGUUUCAGCCAACAAGAUCUAUGUUCGACAAGGUAGGAGCUGCGAUGUGUAUUCCUUAGAGAACGGCCAACUGUUAUACUGUUCUUCAUCUGGACUCAGAAACUGGGAUGGUCUUGAUUAUAAUAUGGAUUAUUCUGUGUGGGUUGAACCUUUUGAUCUUCUUCCAAAAUAG